AAAACAGUAAAAGGAGAGCAAAGACAAAAAGAGCAAUGACCACACAUCUACACACAGACACAGUGCUGCCAACAAAAAGCCUGUCAACUUUUUGUUGUUUUUCAAUCUUAAACCCCAAGCGCAGGAGGUCACAGUCAAGCUGUGGAAUUGCCUCUUGCAGAAAUGUAAGGUAAGGCUGCGUAGAUCCGUGGAGACAGCCUCUUGUAGAUAUGUAAAGUGAGGCUGCAUACGAUAUAUCCUUUUGGUUAGGCCCUUUUCCGGACCGUAUAACAGGAGCUUUAUUGCUGCUUGCUGCCCUUUCUGACAUCCUUUCAGUGGUACUACCUUUCUCUUUGUGAUAAGUAUGUAGGUAAACAUAGACAAAGUGUAACUGGUGUAAGCCAAGUCUCAUCUAUGAAGAUUCAUGGAGCACUUUUCAAUAGGUGCAAGUGUGAUACUAAAUUUUACUUUCUUGGGGGUAUAGCAAUGAGCUUCAAUGACUCUACAGCAGGUUCUGGUAGCGGAACAACUCGUACACCAUUGCAAUUUGGGAGAACUCAUGUUGUUAGGCCCAGAGGAAAGCACGAGGCCACUAUUAUUUGGCUACAUGGUUUAGGUGAUAAUGGCUCAAGCUGGUCCCAGCUUCUUGAGAGCCUUCCACUUCCUAAUGUGAAAUGGAUUUGCCCAACUGCUCCUACUCGUCCAAUUGCUGCCUUUGGUGGAUUUCCCUGCACUGCUUGGUUUGAUGUAGGGGAUAUUUCAGAAAAUGCUCCUGAUGAUUUGGAGGGCUUAGAUUUUUCUGCCGCACAUGUUGCAAAUCUCUUAUCAACAGAGCCAGCUGAUGUGAAACUAUGUGUUGGAGGAUUCAGCAUGGGAGCUGCAACUGCUCUUUAUUCAGCCACAUGCCAUGCAUUCAGGCAGUAUGGUAAUGGAAGCCCUUAUCGAGUGAACCUGAGUGCAGUUGUUGGCCUUAGUGGCUGGCUUCCUUGUGCAAGGACAUUAAGGCACCGAAUGGAAGGAGUGGAUGAUGCUGGAAGGCGUGCAGCAUCUUUGCCAAUUUUGCUCUGUCAUGGAACUGGUGAUGACGUCAUUGCAUAUCAACAUGGCGAAAAAUCUGCAAGAAUUUUAAGCUCAUCUGGUUUUUGGAAUCUAACCUUGAGGACUUAUGAGGGGCUUGGUCACUACACAAUUCCUGAAGAGACUGAUGAAAUUUGUCGCUGGCUGUCUGCAAAUUUGUGUCUUGGGGGGACAUGAAAAGAAUUACUGAAACUCUGGUAUAUGUGAUAUACACAAAGAAGAAAAAGAAUAAAAGCCAUAGUGUAUGAACAGCUAGCCUAGGGAUGGUGGUUCAUGGUAUAAUUGCAUUAUGCAUCCUAUAAUAUAAUUGUCUAUUAGUAUGUGUUGUAUCAGUAAAAAAAAAUCAGGUGUGGCGCUGCAAUUUUUUACAAAAUUGAUUUUCCUCUUGAGAGGCAAAGAAAUCAGUUUACCCUUGUUUAGUCACUUGAAUGUAAUUUUGCGAAACCCUACUUGUUUGGAUUAUUGGCCACUUGGUUGAAUGUAUGAGGAAUCAGAUCUUUGCAGGAA